AUGAGGUUAAUUCCAACUGCUGCUUUGGUCACCAGUGCUCUCGCUGUGUCUCUGAAUAUCCCAUUCAUCAAUUAUGAAAUCAAUUUACCCCAAUUAUCUCUACAACUGUCAGAAUUGAGUCAAAUUUGGGGUGGUUCAUCACAAGAUCAAUCAAAUGAAAUAAUCGAAGCAGAUGUUGAAGAUGCUUUGUAUGAAAUCUUGAAAACUCAUAGUAGUAAUGAAAUUGAACAAAAAUUCAAAGAAUUUGAUUCCAAAAUCCCAAGUUCACCAAGGGCAAAAUUACAAAAUAUUAAACAAUUGGAUUCUUCAAAAUAUGAAUUUAUAACUAAUUCUAAAUAUCCUGAACAUCAAUUAAGAAUAAAUAAAGCUGACCCAAAGAAAUUAGGUAUUGAUACUGUUAAUCAAACUAGUGGUUAUUUAGAUUUCGGUGAUAAACAUUUUUUUUAUUAUUUCUUUGAAGCUAGAAAUAAUCCAGAAACUGCACCAACUUUAUUAUGGUUAAAUGGAGGACCUGGUUGUUCUUCAAUGACUGGGUUAUUCUUUGAAUUGGGUCCAUCUUCAUUAGGACCAGAUUUAAAACCUAUUUAUAAUCCAUAUUCAUGGAAUAAUAAUGCAAAUGUGAUUUUCCUAGAACAACCAAUUGGUGUUGGUUUUUCUUAUGGUGAUGCAAAAAUUUCAACAAGUUAUGCUGCUGCAAAAGAUGUUUUUGUAUUUUUAGAAUUAUUUUUCCAAAAAUUCCCACAAUUUGUUACAAAUCAAUUUCAUAUAGCUGGUGAAUCUUAUGCAGGACAUUAUAUUCCAGCUAUUGCUUCAGAAAUUGUUAAUCAUGCUGAUCGUUCAUUCCAAUUGACUUCUGUUUUGAUUGGUAAUGGUAUUACUGAUUCAUUAAUUCAAGAUGCUUAUUAUCAACCAAUGGCUUGUGGUCUUGGUGGAUUUAAAAAAGUUUUAAGUGAUGAAGCUUGUGAUCAAAUGAAUAAAGAUUAUCCAAAAUGUAAGAAAUUAGUGGAAGCUUGUUAUAAUUUACAAAAUGCAUUUGCUUGUGUCCCUGCAACUAUAUAUUGUUCAAGUAAAUUAUUAUCACCGUUUGAAAAAACAGGAUUAAAUUUCUAUGAUAUUAGAGGUCCAUGUGAAACUGACGCUGAUUUAUGUUAUAACGGUAUGGGUUAUAUUGAACAAUAUUUAAACAAACCUGAAGUUCAGGAAGCUUUAGGAGCCGAAGUUCAAGAUUUUAAAGGUUGUGAUGAUGAUGUUUUUUCAAGUUUUGCAUUAACAGGUGAUGAAUCUAAACCAUUCCAAGGAUUUGUUAAAGAAUUAUUAGAUCAAGAUAUCCCAGUAUUAAUCUAUGCAGGUGAUAAAGAUUAUAUUUGUAAUUGGUUAGGAAAUCGUGCUUGGGCUGAUGGAUUAGAUUGGAAACAUGGUGAAAAAUUUGCUGAAAAGACAUUAAAACCUUGGAUUGUUAAUGGUACUGAAUCUGGUCAAGUUAAAAGUUAUGGAAAUUUUACAUUUUUAAGAAUCUAUGAUGCAGGUCAUAUGGUUCCUUAUAAUCAACCUGAAGUUUCUUUAGAUUUUGUUAAUAAUUGGUUAAAAGGUGAUUAUUCACUUGGUUAUUAA